AUGACCGACACGAUGAGAGCCGCCCAAAAAGUGCUUCUGAUGCCAGAGCUUGUUGCCGAAAUCCUUUUCUGGCUUUCUGGAACCCUUCGAAAAAACCCCAAUUUCAAGCUGUGGUGGGCAAGCAACGAUUCGCGUCAUGGCGAAGCAGCCCGCUAUUUGACUGUCAACAGGGUAUUCUUCACAGAAGGUAUCCGAGUCAUCGGCAAGAUGCCCCUGGCCUGCUACAACAUCGAUACACGCAAGAACGUGCCACUCCUUGAUCGCUUUGCGGUUGUCAAGUCUCUUCCACGUGCAAAGUUCUAUGCAUCCUCUGUCGAGUUUGGCCGCGUCACCUCCGUCCGACAUUCGAAGAUGGAGAAAGCCAAUGCUGCAUUCGACCAACUUGUCUUUUCGAAGCUCGUCGUUCUGGAUUUGAGGAUCAACAACUAUGUUGAGAUUCUCAACAUUCCCCUUAUGCAUGCGCCGGUUUUGAAAACCCUGCAUGUCUCCUUUGAUCCCAAGGCCGAUCCGUGGAACACCGAAGAGGACUACCUGUCUUCUCACAAUGCUGGCAGAAUCGCUGAGUGGAUCCAAGCUUGCCUUCCUGCACUAGAAAAAGUGGUUUUUUACAACGAGCUCCCAAAAGAGGCAUUGACAACCAUGUCGGGUCUGCUGGGGAGUGUGAAGGUGGAAAAGCCAUUUCUAUUCAUCACACCUCCCCGGCGGCCCGGCCCGCCUUCGAUGCUCGGAGUGAGGAUUCCACCAUGGGUGUUCCGGGUGGUGAAAUACCACACCGGUGUGAGAGGAGAGUGA